AUGUCCGUCGGGUGCACGCUUGGGCCGCUAUUGGAUAUAACUUUAAAAGCCCUUUCGUUUGCUCUUGGCUGCAAAACGGCCAGAACUUUAUUUUUAAAAAAAAUAACGAUUUUGGGCAUGGAAAAAGCAAAAGCAAUAUUGUUAAAACCUGGAAGGAAAAGCACAACCUCCGGCAUUAUUUUAAUUGCACCCAUUCCUUUAAUAUUUCUUUUAUUGAAAGGGCCUGGCAGGCCUUUAAAGCCGCUAUAAGGAAAUUGGCUAUUUGGGAUAAUAAUUUGCUGAAAAGCAUUGUAAAAAAGGGCUAGAAUAACCUUUCCCAGGCCC